GCUCGUCAAGAGGACGCGGACCGGGCCGGUUUUAUUCAAUGUUUCACCACCGAGCAAGCCUGCGCCCUCGAACCAAAUACCGCGAGUGAAAGCCUUCGCCGAAGUGUCCGAGAGGGCUCUAAAAGUACAAUGAUCAACACGGGGGAGUGCGCGGUGGACGCGCAGAGCCUGAUCUCGAUCUCGUUGCGGAAGAUCCACAACUCGCGGACGCAGCGCGGAGGCAUCAAGCUGCACAAGAACCUCCUGGUGUCGUACGUGCUGAGGAACGCGCGCCAGGUCUACAUGAACGAAAAGUACGCGGAGAUCUACAGGAUGCAGCAGUAUGAGGAGGUCAUGACUGUGUGCAAUGAGAUCCAGGAGUUGAACCCGCUCGACGUGGCUGAGGACGCCGAGGAGGAGCCGAGCUGCUGCGGCGUGGCGAGCCCUGCACCCAGCCUCUGCGCUGCGCUCUCACCGCUCGGCACGCGCUCUGCACAGGCACCGCCAGGCGCCGGGUCUCUUGCGCUCCAGCCCGAGGACCAGGACGAAGACGAAGAGGACGAUGAUUCGUCUUGUAAGCAGUCGGACGCUGUGUUUUACCGCAGUUGCUGCGUGGAAGCGUGCGCCGUGGCGCCGGGCUGCGACUUCUCACCGUCGGGCGGCGUGCACUGCAGCAAGACCACCGUGCUGGACCUGGACACGCACGUCGUGACUACGGUGGAGAACGGCUGCCUGCAUCAGGACUGCUGUGCGCCGCUGGCACCGUGCUGUCCGAGUGCGCACGGGCCGGUCAGGAAGCGCAAAAUGGACUUCGGCUACUAUGCGCCCGAGCUGGAGGAGACGCCGGAGUUUGCGCCGUGCAAGCGCCAGAAGUUGGAGGAGUGCGCGUACACGGGCGGCGCAGAGCCUCUGGAGGCGUGUAACAUCUCCAACCUCAUCUCCAUCUUCGGCUCGGGGUUCUCGGGGCUUGUGAGCCGGCAGGCGGACUUGGAGCAGGCGCUUAACGGCGGACAGUUCUGCAGCAAGCAGGCGCUGGCGAGUUUAGGGGCAUGGACCAGAGCCAUCGUAGCUUUUUGACCCUGUGGUAAAGAAAUCCUUUAUGAUGGGGGGGAAAAAACUAACUGUACAAAGGCUGAGACUUUAUUUUUGCAACAGAACGUUAUUUAAAACACUCGACUUUAGGUUUUGUUCGUUUGUAGGGAGGCGCGGAGUGGAAGCCUGCGUGUGUGUGCGUGCGUGUGUGCGUGUGUUCUACACCGACAACGUUGACAUCGUGAACAUUUUGUUGCUGAAAUGAUCUCAACGAAUUUCCUUGCCUUAAAACCCAACGCGGAACUGCUAGCUAGCUCUCACCAUGAACAUGGCAGGUUCUGAAUGUUUGUUUGUUUGUUUUGUUUGUUUGCUUCUUGAGUUGUUUCAUAAGCAACUUCACAAAGAUGUCUUGUAAAAUAACAGGAUUACCCGUGUAAUGUUUUGAAAUGACACAAACGCAUCACCUUAAGCAAGACUGCACGUUUGCGUGCUUUUUAUCCGUUUCUUUUUACAUCUUGUGUUUAUGAAAUGGCUCCAGGCAGAAAGACAAGCUGAACUGCUUACAUCAUGUGAGCUGAGAUCCAGGGACUGGCAUACUUCUGACUACACCUUUUAAUAUCACGUAAGGCAAUCAUGUAGGCUAAAGAAGGUGCAAUAUUUGAAACUCUUCUCUCUGGUUUGUUGUCUCGAAAUGGCAAUACCUGGUGCAUUAUUGUUUACUGCACUGACUUGCGGUACCAGUGUGUUUGUAGUCCAUGUAUGCCAGUCACUUUAUCUCAGUCAAACUUGGGGCCCUUUAAUUAACACCACAACUCCCAGAAUGCACGGCGUGAUGGACCCAGCCAGGCCAGGAAUCCUUUUUUGUGAACAAUUUGGCUUCACACAAUUUCCCUCCUUGUCCUCUCUCUAAAAAAAAAAAAUUCACAGUAAUUCAUGAUGCCAGCAUUUGCUUGGUUUUGUGGGUUUGAUUUUAUUUUCUACAAUGUUAGACCUUUUGUUCUAAAAAGGCAAUCUCAUAAGUUAGCCAUAAGUCCUCACAUUAUAUAAGCACUAUGUGUACUGAAUUAAAGACGUUUUCAGACGUACUCUCCAUAUUUUGUUGGUAUUCUUGUAUUUUUGUGCAUAUUAAAUUGUAUAUCACCGGGUAAAACUGUUUUAGAAAGUAUUUGUUUA